AUGGAGGAUGACUGCCCCUUUGAGCUUUAUGCCUUAAAGAUGCAACAUGAGAAAAAUACAUAUGAAAGUGAGCACAAGUGCACAAGAAAUUGGAACAACACAAUGGUGAGGUCUAGAUACUUGACUUCCAAAUUCAAGGACAAGAUUCAGCUUAAUGAAAACUGGAACACAUGUUCUCUUACACAGACCAUGUCUACAAAGAUUAAGGCAAGGGUAUUAAAGCAAAUGGCCUAUAGGACUAAAAGAGCAGCUUUGUUGGAAUUGGAAGGCUCUAAUAGGGAGCAAUUUGCAAGGCCGGCAAACUAUGGCAGAAAGUUGCAACGGGUUGACCCAGCAACCACAAUAGAUAUCAAGUGUGAUUUCUCACACUCAAGCAACCAGCCUAUUUUCAAGAGAAUGUACAUCUGUUUGGGGGCCCUUAAGAAUGGUUUUAAGGCAGGUUGUAUGGCUAUUAUAGGAUUGGAUGGUGCUCAUCUAAAUAGUGCUUUUGGAGGGCAACUUUUGACAGCUGUUGGGAUGGAUGCCAACAACACCACAUGGGUCAUAGCAUAUGCAAUGGUGGAAGAUGAGACUAAAGAUUCAUGGAUUUGGUUUCUAGAGUUGUUGGGAAAGGAUUUGGAUAUCAAUGAUGGUGGAGCAGGGUGGACAUUUAUAAGUGACAAACAAAAGGGAUUGAUGCCUGCUUUUGAUGAGGUGGUCCUUUUAGCACAUAUCAAAUUCUGUAUGAGACAUAUGUGGACUAACUUCACAAAGUUAUUUUUUGGGAAAGAGAUGAAGGACGAAAUGUGGAAGUGUGCUAAAGCAACCACAAUGCCUUUCUAUUUAAGAGACAUGGAGGAGAUGAAACAGUUGGAUGAGAAGUGUGACAUUCUAAUCAAUAACUUAUGUGAGAGUUUUAAUGGAUGGAUAAGAGAAGCUAGAGGUAAGCCACCUCUGACAAUGUUUGAAGAAAUCCGAGUGAAGCUAAUGACAAGGAUUCAGCUAAGGAGGAAAAAAAUGCAAGCUUACAAUGGCAACAUUUGCCCUAAGGCAAGGAAGACACUUGAGAAGAAUAAGUUGAAGGCUGCUAUAUACUAUAUUUCUACCUUCAAUGGAGGUCACCAAGCUGAAGUUGAGAACUUUGGUGGCUCUAAUAAUACUGUGGACCUUAAUCUAAGGACAUGCUCUUGUCAAAGGUGGGAGUUGUCUGGAAUUCCUUGCAAACAUGCAGUCUCAGCUAUUUUCCAGAAGAGAGAGGAGUCGGAUGAUUACGUUGCUGAAUGCUACCUCAAGAAGACCUAUAUGGCAAUAUACAGCAACCUCAUAAUGCAUGUUAAUGGCAUGGAUCUUUGGUCAAGAGGUGAAGGACCAGCAAUGUUACCUCCCCAAUAUACAAGACAACCUGGUCGACCAAAAACAAAGAGGAUUAAGGACUCUUCAGAGAUGGCUCAAGGCUCUGGUACUAAACUAGGAGGAGUACAAAAAUCACUAAAGUGUGGCAAUUGUAGGGGACUAGGUCACAAUAUAAAGACAUGCCAGACAUGCCAUAGGCAUCUGCCACCAAAGGAGAAGAAGAGUGUUGCCCUUAAUAAAAGGAGGAAGCUAAACAAUGGGGAUGGUUCUUAA